AAAGCAGCCUAGUGCCGCAAAGUCAGUCCAGUCCACAGGCCUUCUUCAAGCAGAUAUAUAGCAGUACCGUCCAUGGGCAACUGCACGGCGUCGCAGCGCGCAGCGGAGUCGUGGGCCGACGACGGCGAGUGGGAGGAGGCGGCGUCAUCGUCGCCGUUGUCGUCGGAGGGCGACCACCACCACCAUCAUCAUCACCGCGACGAGAGGAGAGAGGAUCACCACGACUCCGAGGUGACCAUCAGGAUCACCAAGAGGCAGCUGCACGAGCUGAUUGAGAAGAACGGCGGCGGCCACGGGUUACCGCUACCGGGGUCCGGGAGGCGCCGGCGGUCGUCCGCGGAGCAGCUGCUGGCCGACAUCAUGGACUCCGGCGAGGUGCACCACCGCGACCACCACAGGGAGGACCACUGGCACUGGAAGCCCGCGCUGCAGAGCAUCCCCGAGACCGUCGAGUCAUCAUGACUGUCAUGCAUGAUCUUUCUUGGUGUUUGGUGGUUCAGUAGCUCGAUCAGGGGUCGUUAUUUUCGCCUCUUGUUCGGUGUGCAAGUGUAGUCGCUAGCUAAUCGGUGACACGGUGUACAUAUCAAAGUUUUCAGACAUGUACAUAUAGGUCUAGGGAGGUGGGAGUUCAUUGUUAGGUUAGGUCCAUUAUAUUUCAGAUGUGUGGGAAAAGAAGAAUCUGUGCAUGGCCAAUUGCUCAAGUUGUUGUUUUGUGUUC